UUAUAAAAUUCGUUUAUCUAUAAAUUGUUAUGAAGAAAUUUUAAAAAAUAUAAAUUAUUAGAAAAUAAGUAAAAAUGGCUGCCCGAGAGUCUGGUAGAGUAAAAGAUGCGUAUCAAAAAAGGGUGCUUGAUGAAGCUGCCCGUAAACGUAGACAAAAGAAAGCAUUGGAAGCUCUGGAACAAGAUAAUUUUCAUGAUGAUCCCCAUGCAGAUUUAGUAAUGAGUAAAAAAGUUCCAAAAUUUCAAGAAACUUUGGAUAACAGAGGUGGCAGAAGGAAAAAGACUAGAUCAGCAGAAUAUUAUAAACAACGUUUUCGUAAAACUUUUGCUCAAUUAGUGGAAGAAGAUCUUAAUGUCAACCCAAAUCCUCCCAAUUAUGCAUCUGCUCAAGCACCCCCCUCACGUUUUCCCGAAAGACAAUUUUGUGCAGUUUGUGGCUUCCCUAGUAAUUAUACAUGUAUCCCCUGUGGUGCUAGGUAUUGCAGUAUGAAAUGUUUAGGUACUCAUCUUGACACAAGAUGUUUAAAAUGGACAGCUUAAGUAUAAUAAGUAUAUGAGUUAAGUGUUAUGGAUAUUGUAAAUAAUAUCAAUGGUUUAGUACAUAAUAUAUAGUCUAGCUUCAGUGUUCUCAAGAAAAACAGAUAUAAGAAUAAAAAUAAGAAUAAGAGAUUUAGUGGUAUUUCAUACCAUAUUAAAUGACUACUUGUUGCAUUGUAUGUAUUGUUUUAUACAUGGAUUAAUGGAUUAAAACUUAGUAAUAGACAAAAAUAUUAUAUUUAUGCACUAAGCCAUUGAUUUGUUGUUAUAAAUAAAUGCCUAAUAUAUCA